CAACAAACCCGAGAACACCACAACCAUUAGCUGGCAGCUGCUACUCAAAGAGGAAAGAAAGCAUCUUGAUCUCGAGUGGUAGGGUCCAGGGGCGAGCAGCUCGGAGCGCGCGGUGAGCCAUGGAGAAGACGCCGAAGAACGUGAGCCAGGCGGCGGCGGCGCCGCUGAAGCUGCUCGGGUCGUGGGCGAGCUCGUACACGCACCGCGUGCAGCUGGCGCUGCGGCUCAAGGGGCUCGAGUUCGAGUACGCGGAGGAGGACCUCGGGAACAAGAGCGUCGAGCUGCUCCGCCUCAACCCCGUGUACAAGAAGGUGCCCGUGCUCGUCCACGGCGGCCGCGCGCUUCCGGAGUCCGUCAUCAUCCUCCAGUACCUCGACGACGCCUGGCCGGAAACCCGCCCGCUCCUCCCCGCCGACGCCUUCGACCGCGCGCUCGCCCGCUUCUGGUGCCACUUCGCCGACGACAAGCUCGGGCCGGCGGUGGGCGCGGUGUUCGCGUCGACGGGGGAGGACCAGGAGGCGGCGGUGCGGCAGGUGCACGAGAACCUGGCCCUGAUCGAGGCGGAGCUCCGAGACGGCGCGUUCAAGGGCCGCCGCUUCUUCGGCGGCGACGAGGUGGGCCUCCUCGACGUCGUCCUGGGCUGCGGCUCCUACUGGCUCGCCGUGUUCGAGGAGGUGACCGGGGUGCGCCUCGUGGACGCCGACGCGUUCCCGCUCUUCCACGCCUGGCUGCGCAACUUCGAGGCCCUGGACGAGGUCCGGGAGACCAUCCCGGCCGUCGACCGCCUGCUCGAGUACGCCCGCGGCGUCCGCCACAUGCUGCUCGGCCUCGCCGGCGCCGGCUCCGCGGCCGCAUCCGCCGCCACCCCCUCCGAGGCCCCCGCCGCGCCAGCGCCGGCGGCCGCGGCUGAUAUCGCCGUGGACAUCUGAUCGUCCGCAGGGCGCCGCCGUGCGCGCGCCUGCCAGCACCCUCCGGCGGAUGAUCAGUAGCUAGCUAGUAGUCCCAGUAUAGUUUGUCGUGUCGAUGGCGCCAUGUGUGGCUGGUGACUGUUUGAGGCUGCGUGCCCGCCUGAAGUGCGCGCCUCUGCUGCCACCACUGUUAAUUGGCGCAGUCUGUCUAGGUGUCGAGAUUGUUUCUUUCAACUUCUUUCUACCUCCUGUUAAUCUCUGUCUGCAGCUACCUGUUCUUGUGGCUGGGAAUCUUGUGCUGUGUGUUUGUAUCUACUACGUAGUAAUCUACCAGUUUAGCUUGCUUGUUUAAACGUAAGCCAUGUGCACCUUCUAGUAA